AUGCCAGGUCUUACGACGCUCCCACCAUUCCCGGACAAUGUCCCCACACAUCCUCUUCUUGUGGUCGACUUUGCUCUCCUCCAAGCUGGAGACGAGGACGAGAUUGCAAAGCUAUGGAAGGCGGCCACCGAGCUGGGAUUCUGGUACCUGAAGAAUCACGGCGCUGAUCUGGAGGUCCAAGAGAUGUUCAACAUGGGUGCUGAGACUAUGGCCCUUCCUCUAGAAGAGAAGUUACGCUUCGAACAGGGAGAUGAGGGCAUGUCAUUCGGGUACAAAGCUGCGGGAGCGAACGCCACAGACGAGACUGGCGCGCCAGACACCGUUGAAUUCAUCAAUGUUGCGAAAGAUGAUGCUUUAUCUUGGCCUAGAACAGUUCAUCGCACCUAUCCGUCGACCGUCAAUGCUCGAAUGGAGAACACCAUUGCUCCGUUUGUUCGCAAGGCACUUCAAGUCAAUACUACACUGAUUGAGAUUUUUAAUGCGAAACUGGGAUUGCCUGAAGGCGCGCUCGCUCGAAGGCACAGACUCGAAGUACCCAGCGGCAGUGAGACCAGAUGCAUCAAGAGUCCUCCAAGAUCGGAAGGCUUCUCAGAGAAAACAGCUAUCGGAGCGCAUACCGACUUUGGUUCCCUGUCAUUCCUCCACAAUCGUCUUGGAGGAUUACAAGUCAUGGUCCCCGGAACUGAGACAUGGCAAUACAUCAAGCCUAUGCCCGGCUGUGCCAUCUGUAAUCUUGGAGACGCCAUGACCAUCUUCAGUGGUGGCAUUCUGAGAUCUAAUCUUCACCGUGUUGUGCCGCCUCCUGGUGACCAAGGACAACAUGAAAGAUGGUCCCUCGUGUUCUUUACUAGGCCCGAAAAUGAUGUCAUAUUGGAAGCCCUCACAAACGAGAGCCCUAUCGUCGCCGAGGCGUUCCUGCGGGCACCAGAUUCCAGUGUCUUCACCACGGGUCAGACAGCCAAGGAGUGGUUUUCAAGGAGAGUGAAGCUUCAACGUUCGAAGAAUAGGAAGGGUCCGGAGACCUGGCGGGCAAGCCGUGGGACAGAGCAUCGGCCACACGUCGCUUAG